AUGGUCUUGAAGUUCUUCUGGUUAUCCAUUCAAAGGGGUUUUAUAAUAAAGGACUGGGCACCCCAAAUGCUCAUUUUGGGUCAUCCAGCAAUUGGGGGAAUGGUGACGCAUUGUGGUUGGAAUUCAAUACUCGAAGGAGUGAAUGCCGGGCUGCCGAUGAUCACUUGGCCUGUGUUUGUGGAGCAAUUUUACAAUGAGAAGCUUCUGACCGAUGUACUGAGAAUUGGUGUGGCGGUAGGAGUGAAGGAAUUGAGAAACUAUGGGCAAGAAGAGACGAUGGUGAUGAAGAGAGAGGAGAUUGAGAAGGCAGUGAGGGUGUUGACGGGUGAUGGAGAAGAGGAAUUAGAGAUGAGGAAAAGAGUGAUAAAGCUUCAAGAUGCAGCAAACAAGGCUGUGGAGGUCCGGGGUUCAUCUCAUGCUAACCUCAUGGCUUUGAUAAACGAGUUAAAGUUAAUGAAGGUCAGGAAAAUAACAGACUAG